AUGAUCAGGCAAAAGAUGGCCUCAUCAAUCAUCCUCGCGGCGCUCGAUGAAAAGAUUGCCGCAGAAGUGUACCUGCUGGACCAUCCGAUGGCAAUUUUGAGACACCUUCGCAUGACGUACAACGUCAAAUGCAGUGCUAGCGUUGGAGCUGCCAAGCGCGAGUAUAUCGGGCUGUACCUGGACGGUGACAAUUCGAUGAUCGACCACAUCAAGAACACGAGGCGUGUGAUCGACGAGCUGCAGGAGCAACGUUCUGGGACCUGCUUGGAAUGGCUUCGUUGGCGUGCUCGAGUCUUGCGCGACAUUCGAGCUCAUGAUCCAGCGUUGCCAGGCUGA